AUGGCUCUACCCGAACCUUAUCGAGUCAAAGGAUUAAUAUUACUUGGAACUACGGUCUUCAGUACGACAGAACAACUAAAACUUAAUCUUCUCAAGUCUCGUGAUACAUGGUGCGAGACAAAAGUUCCUUCCGAUGAAGCUAUGCUUGCUGGAGCAGCAUCAUUCGGUGGUCCUGCGCGUGUAGGCGAAAAAGUCUACGAAAAAAUUAAGCAAAUGUGGAUUAAACGAUAUGCCGAGCCCGAAGGAUAUGAUCCAGCGUUCAACUGUCUUCUUAAUCGCGAUGGAAUCGAUGAUAAAAUCAACGUUCCGACAUUAGUUCUGCAUGGAGCGGAAGAUCCCGUGAUUCCAGCGGAAUAA